AAGCCAGCGAUUCUCUUUUGCCCACCUAACAAUCAAGAAUCUUGAUUCUUCAAUAAGCCAACCCAAAUAAUUAAAUAAAUGGUAAAAGUUAUUAAUUACGAAAUUACCUUUUUGCCCAAGACAGUACGGAAUCCAAAGAUUCCGCCUUUUACUAACGAUUGGGUUAAGAACGAGUUUUUCCGAGUUGACUCAAUUUACGCGACGAAACGAUUGUGAAAUUGUGGAAUCUUCCUGUCUUGAAUCUAUCUAUAAUCCCUUCCCUAUUUUCCUCAUCUGUAUAAAACCACCGCUGUUUCCUUCUUAUCAAUAUUUUUUUUUUGUUGUUUUUCUUUAUUAUUAUUAUUAUUUUUGGAAUGUUUGAGAACGAGUUACAGAGAUCAAAAUUAUGGAACUGAGCUUGAAUAAUAAUUCAGGAUUAGCCUUCGUUCCCAAAACCAUUUCUGAGUUUCUCGAACACGUUUCGAAAAUCAGAGAUGGGUCUGAGAAAUUAUCAAAGCUCGAUGAUUAUGUGAAAAGGUUUGAAGAAGAAAAGAGAAAAAUCGAUGCUUUUAAGCGUGAGCUUCCUCUUUGCAUGAGUCUGGUUACCGAUGCUAUUGAGAGGUUGAAGGAGGAAGAGAAAGCCAUAAAAGCUAUGGAUGAGUUCACAUCGUUUAAGGGAAAUUCAGAUGAGAAUGGAUCGACAAAUUUGGUAGAUGAUUCUUGUGAUAAGAAAAGCUGGAUGAGCUCUGCUCAGCUAUGGAGUACAAAUGUUGUUGAUUGUGAUUCUCAUAAUAAACAAACCUCAGUUUCUGAACUUAAACCGAGAAUUGAAGAAGUAGCAGUGGAUCGGCAUGUGUCUGAAAAACAACCAAUUGGGGUUUCUGAUUAUAGAAACAGAGGAGGAGCAUUUGUACCAUUCAAGGCUCAACCUAGUCCUCCUAGUGGUGUUAUAGUAAGGACUAGUUUGAAAGAAGAUAAAGAGGUUUCACUUUCACGGGUGCCUAGUCUGAGUCUCAUGCCUCCAACUCCAUUGCCUACAACUUCUCCAAUAUCUGAGAUGGGUGGAACUAGUGGUGAUUCUAAUCCUAAGAGCAGCCAUAGUUGUAAAACUGGUUCUGCUUCAUCUUUCUUGACCGAGCAAGUUAAGUUAGUGAGCAAAUCACAACUGGUGCAGCACCAGACACAACACCAGCAUCAUCAACAACAACAACCCUUUAGAAAACAGAGAAGGUGUUGGUCUAUUGAACUUCAUCGUCGUUUUGUUGAUGCAAUUCACCAGCUUGGUGGUUCUCAUGUAGCUACACCUAAACAAAUAAGAGAGCUUAUGAGGGUUGAAGGCCUUACUAAUGAUGAAGUAAAAAGCCAUUUGCAGAAAUACAGGCUCCAUGUGAGAAAACUUCCCAACUCUUCCACCGAGCCAGACAGUGGCCUAUGGAUGAGUCAAGAUCAAUGUGGAGAUAGCUCACACCAAUCUGCAUCUCCUCAGGGUCCUCUAGCACCGAGCGGCUCUAAUAAAGCACUUUCUCAUACUGGCGGGAACAGUACAGAAGUUGAAGAUGAAGAAGAAGAUGAAAAAUCAGAUGGCCAUAGUUGGAGAGGUGGUAAUCACAACAAGGCAGGAGAAGAUGUAUAGUGUCAUACUCUUUAUAGUCUUUAUUAUAUACUACUUCCCCAUGAAUUUUUGCAGAUAACUAUCUACAUGGGAGAUCAUAUAUAUAUAUCUGAAAUCAUAAGACAUUAUAGAAGGAUUUGAGGCUGGGAGUGUUGUCUAUUAUUAGGCUCUGCAUUUUGGGAGGUCAUGGGAUUUUUCCGCCCUAUUUACUUGCAAGUUUUCUUCCCUUAUGUUUCCAUGGGGAGGUUUGUUGUUAAUGUUAUGACUGGAUAUGGAUUUGUAGGAAGUGACAUAAAAAUAUUUACUAUAUUCAAAAUUAAUUUGUAGUAGUUUAUGAUUA